GCACUCUGGCUGUCGAUUCCGUUUUGUCAGUCAACUCUAAUCAUAUGCAAACUCUCACUUCUGGCUUUUUACCAGCGGAUAUUUACCAGGCGUUCAGUAAAACGUUUUGGCCAUUUCAUUGCCACUAUACUCAUAAUGUGUGGUGUUUGGAUAUUCUUCAGCUCCAUUUUCUUUUGCAACCCAGUGAGCUAUUUCUGGACUCAUGGCCCGACUGCAAAAAAGCAUUGCCUACCAUGGAAGAUCUUAUGGACCCUUAAUGGAUCUAUUCAGAUCGUCAGCUACCUGGCCAUUCUGAUUGUCCCUUUGAUGGUUCUGCCUGGUUUGUGCCUGGCGAAAGGCCAAAAGAUUGGACUACUGAGUUUAUUCGGUUUG